GCGAGAAUUCAUAACAGAGGUGCGACACGAUCGAAAAAAGUAGCGGCUCCGCGACGGAAAUUUAACGGAAAUUUUACACACGUGGGUCAUGUGUCUUUCGCCAACCGGAAAUUACCAGCAUGAGUUUCUGGCCAUGGAGAAGGUUGCGCGUUACCCCGCUGCGAGCGCUGGCAGCGUUUCUCCUCGUCGGUAUCCUCUUCUGGUACAGUUUCAAUCGUCCAGAAAUUCCUCGACAACCCUGCAGUGUCCCUGAAGAGUUUACGGAAAAGCUUCAUGAAUUGACUUACAGGGCCCACUUAGUGCUGGCGAAGCUGGGGCUUGUGCACUUUCUGUGUUUUGGAGGUCUCUGGGGUCAGGCUCGAAUAGGUCGAGCAUUGCCCUGGGCUCGUAAGGUCGAGUUGUGUCUGAUGGAUACUUUGCGAGACGACGCCAUGAUAACCAAAGCUUUCCGAGAAGUUGGCUUGAGUGCUACGUAUUUGCACGCAGCUGGGAUCUACCGUGUUCAGGAAAACGAAGUUGGCGAUGAUGCUCCCAAAGUGGAGAUCGUCGUAUUUGAAGAGGACUCCGUGACUCAGAUGGUAAGGCGAGUUGGUUGGACCAGAAGAGUCUUACCUCCGGAUUGCGAGCUUUCGCCAAGCUUGCAAUGCUUUCCGCCUCAAUUGGCGAUUCCUCCCUUACCAACGAAACAAUUUGGAGACCACGUUGUUCCGGUACCAAGAGAAGGUAUCGAGUUGCAGAAGUACCAUUAUCCCAACGAUUGGUGGUUGGAAGUGAAGCCCACGGAUUGCGUUGAACAUCCGCAAGAGGAUACGUAAUAUCGAGUUCAACUAGAAUUAAUAUUUAUUUGCUGGGCGUCGAUACUUCUCGUCAAAUAUCUCGGACAAGACGACAUUGGACAAUUCACUGCCCAUACUUAUGAUAAGUUUAUUACAUAAGUAUGCGAUGCGCUGGAAACAAUGUAUAGAUGAAGUUCGAAUUAGAUCAGAUACAUAUCUGGCAAGUUCACGUAAUAACUUGAGCGUACAAUAAUGAGAGCUACUCAUUUUUGUUUCAUUACUAGAAGAUUGCAUUUACGGGUUUAGUCAGCACGCUAUUAGUGAGAUUUAACGAAUAUUUCUACGCAACAUUGAUGUAUUAAUUGUAGCCAAAUGAUGUGGCAUCAUUAAUGUUCUUUGCAAUUAAUUAUUGUGAGACUCACUAUCGCUAUCAAAACUUAGGAGUCAUUUGUUUUUACUGUAUGUACACCCUCGAUUUAAGCUAUGCACAUGGAUAUCUGAAUUGUACAAGCUGGACAACAUUUUAAUUCACUUAUUUUUGUAUGUUGUAUUUAUUGAUGUACUAGUCACAAUAGUGAAUUUUAAAAGUACUUUAGUAAGUUUUCUAAUUUAGGAUGACUAUAAACGUUUAGUUUAUAUAUUAAUUUAACUAAUUGCAAUCACAGUGCUUACAGAAUAGGAGGUAGAAUGUUUUUUGUGCAAAUUUGUAGAGGAAAUCAUUUGAGAAUUCAGAAAUAACAUUUUCAUAUAUUCAUGCGUCAUACUAAAUGACGAGAAAACAAUAUGAAUUACCAACAAAUAAAUAGGAUAUGAACGAGGGACCAUCCCGAAUGGUCAACUCCCAGAAUGGUGUAAACAGACCAUUCUCAAAAAUGAGAUAUCACUUCCGUACUUAAUAAUUGCUGUAAGAUAAACCCAUUUAUGUACGCAGAGGUAGGAGAGGUUCAAAAUAUUGUUCUCUUUACGCAGCUCGUAUAAAACGGCGCUAUCAUUGAAUUUCAUUCACAAAAAAGUAUUUUUUCGAAAGCGUUCUGUCGUGGUACCACAAAACGAGCGAGCCGAUUGCAGUGAUAAAUUCCUAUCAGUUACUAUUACGUAAUGACCACUAUUAAAUCAAGUCAGCCGCAUGUGGUAAAUUAUAACUUUUGUAUAAAAAAAAAAAAAAACUGAUCAUUCUGAUCUUUCAGAGAAUAAGUUUUAAGACUUCCUGUGCAUUAAAUCCUAAAAAGGAACGACUUCAGGGCUAAAUACUUAAAUAUAAUCGUACUCUAAUUUAGCUUAACAAAUUGUUAUCGUUAGGCUUUGUACGAAAUUUCAAGAUAUGUUUAAGCGAGUCCUUGUAUGUUUAAGGUGAAGUGAAACAUCCUUCAAAUCAGUCGAUUCGAAUACAACACUUUUUUUUAAGGGUAUUAGACCAAACUGUC